GGGCGGCGGGGUCCCGCGGCGGCGGCGGAGCGGGCGAUGUGACCCCUGGCGGCGGAGGGGGUUUGGCCGGCGUCAAGAUGUGGCUGAAGCCCGAGGAGGUGCUGCUGAAAAACGCCCUGAAGCUGUGGGUCACGCAGAAGAGCAGCGGCUACUUCGUGCUGCAGCGGCGGCGGGGCCACGGAAGCGGCGGCGGGCGCUUCACCGGUCGUCUGGUAGGUGCUUUGGAUGCUGUGCUCGAUUCUAAUGCCCGUGUCGCUCCAUUUCGAAUUUUGCUUCAAGUUCCAGGAUCACCUAUUUACUCUGCCAUAGCUUGUGGUGAGUUAUUGAAUGGAUCAGAAGUUUACUGGGCCAUAGCCAUUGGUGCCACAACUGAGGAAAUAAAUCAUCACUGGGAGUGGCUGGAACAAAACCUACUCCACACCUUGUCUGUAUUUGAUAAUAAAGAAGAUAUUGUUAGUUUUGUCAGAGGUAAAAUAAAGGCAUUAAUAGCAGAAGAAACCAGCAGUAAGCUAGCUGAGCAGGAAGAGGAGCCUGAGAAGUUCAGAGAAGCACUAGUGAAAUUUGAGACCAGAUUUAACUUCCCCGAGGCAGAGAAACUGAUAACCUUUUACUCAUGCUGCUGCUGGAAGGGCAAAGUUCCUCGGCAGGGAUGGCUUUAUCUCAGCAUCAAUCACCUCUGUUUCUAUUCCUUCUUUCUCGGCAAGGAAUUAAAACUUAUCAUUCCCUGGGUUGAUGUCCAGAAGUUGGAAAGAACCUCCAAUAUCUUGAUGACUGACAUUAUCCGCAUCACCACUCAAAGUAAAGAACGUGAUUUCUCUAUGUUCCUUAAUAUUGAUGAAGCAUUCAGGAUAAUGGAACAGUUGGCAGAUGUAACUCUCCGCAGGCUACUGGAUAAUGAGGUCUUUGAACUGGAUCCAGGUUUGCAAGAUCCUACUCUGAUCACCAAGAGAGAUCUUGAGUUCAGAGCACGGAAUGAGUACUUCAGAGCUUUCUUCAGGUUACCAAAGAAGGAAAGGCUGCACGAAGUUGCAGAUUGUUCCCUGUGGACUCCCUUUAGCCGCUGUCACACAGCUGGAAGGAUGUUUGCCUCAGAUAGCUAUAUCUGUUUUGCUAGCAAAGAAGAUGGCUGCUGUAAUGUUCUAAUUCCACUUGUAGAGGUGGCUAGUAUUGAGAAGAUGGAGGACACUAGCCUUCUUCCCAAUCCCAUCAUUAUUAGCAUAAAAAGCAAGACAGCCUUUCAGUUCAUUGAGCUGAAGGACAGAGAUACCCUGGUGGAGAAUCUGCUUCUAAGAUUAAAGAAAGUGAAGGCUAGCAACGCAUCGCUCCAUAGAAAUUUGAAAAGCAAAGAGAUGCAAAAUUCUCAUUCAACACAUGGCGAUUAUGAACUUGGGAACUUGGGGAUAAUAGCUUCACAAAGCAAUAACGGGAGCGAAAAUGACAGAAGCAGUAGACAUCUGCUGAAUGCAGAGGCCCUGAGUUCAGCGUUUCAUCCUUCUGGAAUAGAUGGUCUGGAUUUUAGGAUGUCUAGGGAGCAAAUCAAAGAGAGCCUGUGGAAUGAUCACUUUGAUGAGUAUGGCAGAACUGUGUGUAUGUUCCGAACAGAAAAAAUCAGGAAACUGGUUGCUAUGGGAAUUCCAGAAUCUUUACGAGGCAAACUGUGGCUGUUUUUCUCAGAUGCUGCAACAGAUUUGUAUACCCACCCUGGUUACUAUGAAAACUUAGUAGAGGUGUCCAUGGGCAUGUGUUGCAUAGCAACAGAGGAAAUAGAACGUGACUUGCAUCGCUCGUUACCUGAGCACCCUGCCUUCCAGAGUGAAACGGGCAUAGCUGCAUUGAGGAGAGUUUUGACAGCUUACGCACACAGAAACCCCAAAAUUGGGUACUGCCAGUCCAUGAAUAUCUUAGCCUCUGUUUUGUUGCUGUAUGCCAAAGAGGAAGAAGCAUUUUGGUUGCUCGUUGCUGUGUGCGAGAGGAUGCUUCCAGAUUACUUUAAUCACCGGGUGAUAGGUGCUCAGGUGGAUCAGUCUAUAUUCGAAGAGCUAAUCAAGGAGCGGCUGCCAGAACUGGCUGAACAUAUGAAAGACCUUUCCACACUGGCUUCUGUUUCCCUGUCGUGGUUCCUCACUCUCUUUCUCAGUAUCAUGCCCCUAGAAAGUGCUGUUAAUGUUGUCGACUGUUUCUUCUUUGAUGGGAUCAAAGCCAUUUUCCAGUUUGGCUUGGCUAUCCUUGAAGCCAAUGCUGUAGAACUGUGCAACAGCAAAGAUGAUGGACAUGCCUUGAUGAUUCUGAGCAGGUUUUUAGACCAUGUUAAGAAUGAGGAAAGCCCUUUGCCCCUGAUUGGCAACCAGCAUGCCUUUUUCAGUGAUGAUAUAGAGCCCUGUCCUAUAACAGAAAUAGCAGACCUAAUUCGGGAUUCUUAUGAGAAAUUUGGAGACCAUUCUGUGGAGCAGAUUGAGCACAUGCGCUACAAACACAGGAUCCGUGUUCUGCAAAGCCACGAAGAAACCACUAAACAGAACGUGCUUAGAGUUGUCAUCCCAGAUGUCUCCAUUGCUCCAGAAGACUUGGAAGAACUGUAUGGCUUGUUUAAGAAAGAACAUCUAAUAAGCUGCUACUGGGAAUGGAAUAGUGCAGUUGUAAUUCAGCGCCACAAUCCAAGCAGACCUUAUGCAGAGCAAUACAGAAUUGACUCUCGGCAGUUCACUAACCUGUAUAAACUAGUUUCACCCUGGACAUGUGGUGAACAUACUGAAGUUCUAGCAGAAAGGACAUUCCGGCUUUUGGAUGAAAACAUGGACCAUCUCAUUGAAUUCAAAGCUUUCGCUGGCUGCUUAGAUAUUAUGUACAAUGGAGAAAUGAAUGAAAAGAUAAAACUGUUGUACAAGCUGCACAUUCCUCCUGCCCUCACAGAAAAAGACAGGGACAGCCAAUCACCACUGAAGAAUCCUUUGUUGUCAACUUCAAGGCCGUUAGUAAUUGGAAAAUCAAAUGGUGACACCAUAGAUUAUCAGAAACAAUUGAAGCAGAUGCUGAAGGACUUAGCCAAAGAAAAAGAUGCCAAGGCUGAAAAAGAGCUGCCAAAAAUGUGCCAGCGAGAGUUCAUCCAGUUCUGCAAGACCUUGUACAGCAUGUUUCAUGAAGACCCAGAGGAGAACGAGUUGUAUCAAGCCAUUGCCACAGUGACUACUUUGUUACUCCAGAUUGGAGAAGUGGGUCAGAGAAGCAGCAGUUCAGGCUCAGAUGACUUUACUGAGGACUUCCAGACUGAGGCAUCUACCUCUGAUCAAGAUGUGGUUUUUACUGACACUGUGAAGACCCCAAAGAAUACAGAGUCUUUACCAAUAACUGAUGGGGAUUGGAUUGUUUCAUUUGAACAUAUCUUGGCUUCACUAUUAACUGAACAGUCACUCGUCAACUUCUUUGAAAAAUCCUUAGACCUGAAAUUAAAACUGGAGAAUGCAAGGGUAGCUCAAUAUACCUUCAAAACAAAUGGCACCAGCCAAUCAUCACGAGGCGAGACUGAACCUUUAAGUGUACCAUAGCAAAUCUCCCAGGCAGUUCAUGUUACACCAAAGCGCAUCUUGCAACAUUAAGUUUUUUGGACUAUUUUGAUACAUUUUCAGUUGAAGAGCUUUAAAACCAAAACACAUUUUAUGUGGUUUUGAAAUUUGUUUUCUUGAAUGUAAUUUAGGAAGAAAAGGCCAUUUUCCCUUUGAAGAUACUGCUGCAGAUGUGUUAAUAUUUCAAAGACAAAAAGCUGAACUCCUGGUUUGAAAGUGUCAUCUGGCUACCGACUGCAGGUUUUUAUGUAUAGUUGCCUUUUUUGCACUAAUACCGAAUACUUGUUUCAAUGCUGGUAAUUGAAACCAUUAAUAUAUUAAUAUAUACAAAUCAAGACAUCAAGAUUUGUAUGUCUUGCUGAAUGUUCAGUGUACAUGGACUGUGCUUUUCAUGUCUCUGUGUGUGCACAUUUCAAUAAAAAUGCCUUUGUAACUUUU